GUUCUCCUGCGCUCUCCACUGCUUCUCCUUGCUUCCCCAAUUCGCUCUUGACACCGAGAGAGACCUUGAUGGCAAGCGCGGCGGGGUCGACCAACAACGUGGGUGCUGCCGGCGGCGGCGAGGGGACUUUUUCCUCGUCGUCGUCCAGCAACCUCCGGGCCAGGCGGCGCCGCAUCGCCGCCGCCGCCGCCGCCAUGGCCCGCUCCGGGUCCGACGUGCCAGCUGAGCCGGCGGAUCCGGCGACGACCCCCGCCGUGGUCUGCGCGCUGCCCGCGGCGGCGCCGGUGGCGUUCGGGUCGGUUGCGCUGGCCGGGCGGAUGCGGCAGAUGGAGGACGUCGUGUUGCUCCGCCCGGGGUUCUUCGUGUGGGCCGACGGUUCCCCGAUGAACCUCUUCGCUGUCUUCGACGGCCAUGGCGGGCCGCACGUGGCGGAGAUAUGCAAGCAGCAGAUGCCGGCGGCGCUGGAGGAGGAGCUCUCGGCGGCGGCGGCGCGGCUCCACGGACAGCAGCAGCAGCCGACGGUGAGGGACGAGGUGGCGGCGUGGAUCGAGGCGCUGCGGCGUGCCUUCGCCCGCGUGGACGCCGUCGGCGGCCGGUGCUGCCAGUGCGGCCACGUGGCGCCGCCGGAGGAGGAUGUGGGGCGCCGCCCCUUGUCAUCUUGCCCGAUGUGCCGUCUCCCCGGCGACAUCAUCGGCUCCACCGCCGUGGUGGCGCUCCUCGUCCGCGACCUCAUCGUCGUCGCCAACUCCGGCGACUCCCGCGCCGUCAUCUGCCGCGACCACGGCUGCGCCGUCGCCCUCUCCACCGACCACAAGCCUGACCGUCCGGACGAGAUGCGGCGGAUCAUUGAGGCCGGAGGGCAGGUGAUCUUCAACAACGGGGUGCGUGUUCGAGGGAUCCUUGCCAUGUCCCGUGCAAUAGGGCACAGGAUCCUGAAGCCUGAAGUGAUCUGCGACCCAGAGAUCCGGCUGACGAGGAGGCUUGAAGACGACGACUGCCUGAUCCUCGCAAGCGACGGGGUGUGGGACGUAAUCUCGAACCAGAUGGCCUGCGACGUCGUCCGCCAAUGUCUCCAAGACGGGAGCCCACCGGACGUCGACCCCAUAGCAGCGCAAGAAGGCCAGCAGCAGCAGUCGACGCCUCGCUGCGACAUGGCCGCCGCCGCUCUCGGGAGGCUCGCCCUCGGCCGGGAGAGCUCCGAUAACAUCAGCGCCGUCGUCAUCGAUCUCAAGAUGAGGGAGUAGACCUGAUCGAGACCAACCGGCCUGCUGAUGAUCACCUCCGUCUUUGCAUGCAGCUUAAUAAGAAACUUUACAAACAAGAAGGUUACUUUCUGCAUAUGGGGUGAUAGAUCGAGGUGGAUCUAAUUGAGAUAAUUUCCUUUGUUCUUUGGAUCCUUUGGUUAAUUGAUUAGUACUAGCUCCUA